AUGGGCAUCCGCGGCUCCUUGGCCCCGGUGGUAGUGAGUAUCCUGACGGCGCUCAAGGUUCUUGGGGAAGAGGGACACCGGUUGACCCUACAGUGGGUCCCCGGCCACAUUGGCAUUCAGGGCAACGAGGAGGCAAAUUUUGCGGCUGCUGCGGCCCAUCGUAUCUGCAGAGCCGUGCCCAUUAUCCUUCCCAACGGAGAUAGACGCUUCUACUUGUCUGCGUUGGUGUCACCCUUGGCCCGCCAGCAAUGGCGCCAUGACAUCACUCGAUGGUCACUCCUCCAUGCAGCGGACCCGUCAUUACCAUUUAAGGUGCCAGGCGGCUUCCCUCGCAGCUUUACGUCACUUCUGCGGCGUCUACGACUCAACGGCGCCUUAACCCCUGUGUUCCGGAUUAAGCUGGGUUACAGUAACACGGCGCUGUGCCCAGCUUGCCGCACCCCAGCUACGAUUCCCCGUAUCAUCGAGGACUGUGACCGGUACACGUAUGAACGCCGAGUGUUUCGACGCCAACUGGAGCUCCUUGACCAUGGACCAUUCAUCUUGUCCAAAAAAGGUGUAGAACUCCGCAACUCUGAGUUUACUCCUAGCGCUUCCGAGCUCCGGCCACAUGCUUGA